GUUUGGUCCCAGGGGCAGCGGCUCUCGCCGCCCCGGGAGCGGCCCGCAGCAAGAAGCGUCCGGCGAGCCCAGGCAACGGCAGCGGCCCCAGCAAGAAGAAGAAGGUGGCAGCGGCGCCGAGUGGCCCCCAGCUAGCAGAGGCAUAACAGUGUCUAGAGCUAGUCAAAAAACAGGAAAAGUUUCCAUGGGAGAAGUUGGUCCUUAUUUUUCAUAGAAAAGUAUCUACUUUCACACUUCUUUGAUUAGCUCUAGUGGUAUCACAGCUUCUAAGUGAGCAAUGUUGACAAUAAGGUUGCUUAUUUUCGCAAAAGCCAUGAGAUCGAUGGGGAGAUCUCUUGAAUUCCCAGCAAAUCCUCUGACCCUGUAACUUGAAGAUCAUCAUCCUUGUUCCCCUCUGUAUGACAACAAGCCCACCCUCAACUGGACAGCAUCUCUGCAACUCCUAUGAGUUCAGCUUGUGGUGUUUACAGAUCUUCCUUUCCCCUUCUGUGGUAUUAUCAACAAGCAGAGAGUUAUUUGGCCAACCGUUAUUUGUAAUACUGGCUAUUAGCUAAAAUAACGUUAAAAAUGAUUGCCAACCAUUAUCACAUUUGACAACCAUUUCCAAGAGCUGUUGUGGUUAGCCAUUUGGAUGUUCAAGGAUGUCCUUACUUAGAUAUGAUUCCCACUGACGUCAGAAAUAGAGGAAAAGUUUAUUUAGAACCUCUGGAAUAAGCCCAGUAGUGUAGGUGCAGAGACCAUGAAUGAGAAUAAAUUUAUGACUGUGGAUCCCAAUACCGGGCCAGUGGAAGCCACCAUCAAACCAUUGCCAUUUAAGGAUCCAAACUUCAUUCAUUCUGGCAUUGGUGGAGCAGCAGCUGGCAAGAAGAACAGAACUUGGAAGAACCUAAAACAAAUUCUUGCUUCUGAAAGGGCAUUGCCAUGGCAACUCAAUGAUCCUAGUUACUUUAAUAUCGAAGCUCCUCCUUCCUUUAAACCAGCCAAGAAAUACUCUGAUAUUUCAGGACUUCCUGCAAAUUAUACAGAUCCACAGAGCAAGCUGAGAUUCAGUAGCACUGAAGAAUUUGCUUACAUUCGGAUGCUUCCUUCAGACGUUGUUACAGGUUACCUGGCAUUAAGAAAAGCAACGAGUAUAGUUCCCUAAGACUUGCAAAAUGCCUUUGAGUGACCAGCCAUGGAUUGGGAUAACAUUCAGUGUUUUAAAUAAAACUCCGAUUGUGGCAUUGAGAUUAUUGGGGGGGAGGGAGGGGUUACAAAGGAAUACUCAUAUUUAUGUCUGUAAGUGGCUUUAGAUUGAAAUGUGCAUUCGAAAGAAUAUUUAGUUUUAAUUUUGAUACAUCUGUAUAUUUGUUAGCUUGCUGACUCUUAAGAAUCCUGUUGUAGUCAACAAAAGAUCCUGAACGUUUAGGGUGCAGUCCUGGCCCUACUGAAAUCCGUCUGAGUUUUGCCAGUUCCUGCAGUGGGACCAGGAUUUCACCCUUGCUAUUGUUAAGUGCACUGAUAUUUGUCUCAGAAGAAGGAGUGAUCUGAGCCCAGGAGUAGUGACCAAGAACUCCUGAGUUCUAAACCUGCCUUGCAUAUGGAGAAGUCACAAACUCUUCACUUCAGUUUGCCCCCUCUGUAAAAUACUUGUCUGACUACUGUUGUGGGGAUUAGUUGGUUAAUGUCCAUUAAGCGUAUUGAAAAUGAAGAUGUCUAUUCAAGUGCUAAUAUGCUAAUAUUUAUAUUGCAAACUUAAAUAUGGGGCAGGGUGUUGGGUGGGGAAACAGAUACUGAAUAACUUGGGAUAUUUUAGCUUUCAGAUAAUUAAGAGAACUGUCAGUGUAAUUAAAAUUAUACACACAAACUAUGAUACAAGACUCAAUCAUAACGAAUAAGGAAAAGAGGGGUGAAUUAAGAUUGCAUAAAUUCUGGCAUUUCCUUAACUUUUGAGUACUUGACUUUGCAACCCUAAUAAUAUUCUUUUUAAUGUAUUUUUUGUAUGAAAUUUCCUAGUUUUUAAAAAAAACAAACUGAAAGAACAAAAAUUACAUCAUUAGCAUCAUAGAAACACCUCCAUGGUUCAUCGACAGGAUUGGAAUCUUCUGAUUCGCCACACUGACCUCGGUUGCAGGAACUAGUGGAGCAACUGAUAGCAAUAGUGGGUUGGCAUCUGCUCUAUGGACCAGCACUAGAGGGGUGUUAGAUGCUUUCCCAACUGAUUUCACAGAUAUUUGUUCACAGGAGAGGAAUGAUGAGACUUGGAAAUCUUGGAUUCCAGUCCAGGUUUUAGAGGGGAGUGUGAUCUAAGGGGCACAGUCUGUUCUGCCUGUUCCUCCUCCUAAAGUAUGAUCCCCUCUGCCUUUUCCCCUCCAACCUGUCUCUGUCCUAUCUCUUCCCCAUGCCUGGCUCCCUGUCCCAGCCUCCUUGCCCCACAAGUCCUCAUCUCACCCAUUCGGGCAUCCAAUUCCAGUCUCUCUCUUCCCCCCAAGUCCCUUUGCUCAGUUAUUCCAAGUCCCCCACCUCACUCUCAGCUCCUUGUCUUGUCUACAUGCCCAGUGAGUCCCUGUUCCCUCUCUCCUGGCUCCUCAGCCAGUCAUUCUUUCCCUAGCCCUGGCUUCCAGUGUCUCACCCACCCCGCCCAACGCAUGCUCCCAGUCCUAAUCUCCCUCCCCGAGCUACUUGGCUAGUCUGGGUCUCCCCUGCCUCUGGCUCCCUCUCCUAGUCUCUGCCCAGCUAGUCCCAGUUGUCCCCUGCACCCAGUCUUGUCAGAUCUGUCUCCUCUGUCUCACUGCACCACCGGUUCUUAGUCCCAUUGAAUUUUAAUGGCCAGGUUAGGGAGGAACGGAGUCAUUGUGAUCUUGUGGAAUGAGCCUGGGCUCAUGGUAGCAGGUCUGUUCUAAUCAGAACUCUGCCACUGACUUGCUAAGUUACCUUGAGCAAAUCGCUUCAUUUCUGUCCGUUUCCUCAUUUGUGAAAUGGGGCUAAUGGUGCUUAGGAGUCUAAUCUCCCAUUAAUGAACGUCUGUACUGUGUUUUGCACACACAGCCCUAUGGCAGUGCUAAUUAUUAUUAUUAUAGAUUUUUCUCUACUGCCAGGAUGUAUACACAGAGUACUGUCAACAUUGGCUUACUUCCAAGCCCUAAACAGGAAGGUUAAUUAAUGGGAAAUUUCAAAUUUACCGGCUGUAUCUGGGAUUUAAAUGCCCAUUUUUUAUGAUCCAAAACUUACAAAACAAAGUCAAUUAAAAAAUCUUUUUGACGUGUUUACAACAGGUCCCUCAAAUCCUUGGAUAUUGGAUAAUGCCACAACUAUAUCCCAGAACAGGAAAUAAUAAAACAGUAUAUCUCA